UUAGUUAUUGUGGCGCAGCGCAGAACCUCUGGACGGCGCGCUGCAGCGGACAGGCGCUCGAGCGCAACUUCGGUACUCAGUAGGAGCGCCGACAGCAGUCAGCAGUACCAGCAAACAUAAACAAUGGCGGAGCGGCUGUAAAUCCAGCUCAGCGGAUCGAAUUUGCCCCAUGGACGGGCAUUUCGCGUACACCGACAUGGAAAACCCGACCGAGAACCCCAGCAAGGCGGCGGAGUACCUCAAAGAGCUCAAUAAAAUCAUCGAAACCCAACAGGAGUUGUUGGAGAAGCAGAAGAAUCGGAUUGAAGAGCUCGAACAGCAAGUGUGUGAUCUUUGUCAAGAGAACGCGUGCUUGAAGGAUCAGCACCAGAAGCACCUGGCCACCUGCAGACUGCAACAACAGGGCAACAGUCACCCCACGCUGGGUGCCAUAAAGGAGAAUGUGAUCCAAGAAAAGAAUGAAAGUGAGGGCUUGCAUGUCGCAAAUGUCAGACGGCACGCUUCUUUGCCCCUCGAUGCCACAGAUAACCUUGGCAACUUUAUUGUGCCGCUGUGUCGAAGAAGUUACCCCUGUCGCAAAUGGAAGUCUGCAUCUCUUGGUGUGGAAGGUGAGGCUCCGGGUGGUGAGGCGGGCCCCUCUCUAGAGAACAGUGGUGGUUAUUUACGAGGGCCGGUGAGCCGCAGUGCCAUCAUCAGUGGCGAGCUCUUCGACGGCCCACCACUGUACGCUCACGACAUACGGCAGCGCCCACGGCGACCCAAACUCCAGCACUCCCAAUCAAUCCUUCGCAAACAGGCAGAAGAGGAGGCCAUCAAACGCUCACGAUCACUGUCUGAGAGCUAUGAGCUCUCAACCGACCUCCAAGACAAACAGGUGGAGAUGCUGGAGCGCAAGUAUGGAGGGCGUUUUAUAACCCGACAUGCUGCGCGAACAAUCCAGACUGCCUUCCGCCAAUAUCAGAUGAACAAGAACUUUGAGCGCCUCAGGAGUUCUAUGUCGGAGAACCGCAUGUCCAGACGCAUAGUUUUGUCCAAUAUGAGAAUGCAGUUUUCGUUUGAAGGACCUGAAAAAGUCCACAGUUCAUAUUUUGAGGGGAAGCAGGUGUCUCUUACAGACGAUGGUUCUAAACUAGGAGCCUUGGUGCAAUCGGAGCGUGGGGAGAUGGUCCCCACCAACAUGAAGUCGCCUGCAGUCCAGAGCGAUUUCACGGAUGCCAUUACAGAGCUGGAGGACGUUUUCUCUCGACAAGUGAAGUCAUUGGCAGAGUCGAUAGAUGAUGCUCUGAACUGUCGCAGCCUACAUGGAGAUGAGGGACAGCCAGAGCCAACCAGAGGUCAUCCAGACCUGGAGCAAGAGGUUACCUACCAGGUCAAGCCUUCUCACAGUAGUGACCACCGUAAGCGAGAUGAGAUGACAGCUUCCUACAGUGACGUAACACUUUAUAUAGAUGAGGAAGAGCUCUCCCCUCCACUUCCUUUAUCACAAUCAGUUGACAGACCUUCUAGCACAGAAUCAGACCUCCGUCUACGUUCUUUGAACUCGCAGGACUACUGGCCUCUAGCUCAUAAGGACGAAAAGGGCGACACGGACACUAGCUGCCGAAGCACCCCGUCUCUAGAGUGUCAAGAGCAGAGACUGAGGAUAGACCACCUUCCUUUGCUUACCAUCGAACCUCCCAGCGAUAGCUCGGUUGAGCUGAGCGACCGUUCUGACCGAAGCUCACUCAAGAGGCAGAACGCUUACGAACGGGGCAUCGCCAGUCAGCAGGGCAGCCCAAAACACAUCCCCUCUCAUGCGCUACCACCAAGGGGACCGGCAAGAGAUGACGACGCUCCUAGGCAUCGGCCAAGGCAACUGGAGAGCCAUCUGGCAAUCAACGGCACUGCCAACCGGCAAAGCAAAUCCGAGUCCGACUUCUCCGAUGGCGAUAACGACAGCAUCAAUAGCACUUCCAAUUCCAAUGAUACCAUCAACUGCAGUUCGGAGUCCUCAUCCAGGGAUAGUCUUCGAGAGCAGACUCUCAGCAAGCAGACGUAUCAUAAAGAGACACGCAACAGUUGGGACUCACCCGCGUUCAGCAAUGAUAUCAUCCGCAAGAGGCACUAUCGUAUUGGCCUGAACCUUUUUAACAAGAAACCUGAAAAAGGUAUCCAGUACCUGAUUGAGAGAGGAUUUGUCCCAGACACACCUGUGGGAGUUGCCCAUUUCCUGUUACAGAGAAAAGGGCUGAGUCGACAGAUGAUUGGCGAGUUCCUGGGCAACAGGCAGAAACAGUUUAACAGAGAUGUUCUUGACUGUGUGGUAGAUGAGAUGGAUUUCUCUGGAAUGGAGCUGGAUGAAGCCUUGAGAAAAUUCCAGGCACAUAUCCGGGUGCAGGGAGAGGCACAGAAAGUGGAGCGACUCAUUGAAGCAUUCAGUCAGCGCUACUGCAUCUGCAACCCUGGGGUGGUGCGUCAGUUUAGGAACCCAGAUACCAUCUUCAUCCUGGCGUUUGCCAUUAUACUUCUCAACACGGACAUGUACAGCCCAAACGUGAAGCCAGAGAGGAAGAUGAAACUGGAGGACUUUGUAAAGAACCUUCGCGGGGUGGAUGACGGAGAGGACAUCCCAAGAGAGAUGUUGGUGGGCAUCUAUGAGCGAAUCCGGAAACGAGAGCUUAAAACUAACGAAGACCACGUCUCCCAGGUACAGAAGGUGGAGAAACUCAUCGUUGGCAAGAAGCCGAUCGGGUCUCUGCACCAUGGCCUUGGAUGUGUGCUGUCUCUACCACAUCGCAGGCUGGUAUGUUACUGCAGGCUGUUCGAAGUGCCAGACCCUAACAAACCUCAGAAACUGGGUCUCCACCAGAGAGAAAUCUUCCUAUUCAAUGACCUUUUAGUGGUCACUAAGAUUUUCCAGAAGAAGAAGAAUUCGGUGACGUACAGCUUCAGGCAGUCCUUUUCUCUAUAUGGCAUGCAGGUGCUUCUGUUUGAAAACCAGUAUUACCCCAAUGGAGUGCGUCUCACUUCAGCACUUCCAGGCGCAGAAAUCAAGGUUCUCAUUAACUUCAACGCCCCCAACCCGCAAGACCGCAAGAAGUUCACAGAUGACCUGCGGGAGUCCAUCGCAGAGGUGCAGGAGAUGGAGAAGUACAGAAUAGAGUCCGAACUGGAGAAGCAGAAAGGUGUGGUACGUCCCAGCAUUUCCCAGAGCUCAGGGCUGAAGAAAGAGACGGGAAAUGGCAAUCUGAGUCGCACCAGCCUGGAUGACAGUUACGCCAUGGGUGAAGGCCUCAAGAGAAGUGCCCUCAGCAGCUCCUUACGUGACCUUUCAGAUGCAGGCAAGCGGGGGCGCCGCAGCAGUGCAGGAUCUCUAGACAGCAAUAUCGAAGGGUCCAUCAUUAGCAGCCCCCACAUACGGCGUCGAGCCACUUCCAGCCGCGACUGCCCCUCCCGCCAGCAGUCCAUCCCCAACUCCUCUUCUCUCCUGGGCUCCCUGUUCGGCACCAAGCGGGGCAAGGCGCCCUCUCUGCCUCCCCAGGCCUCACACCCCUCCCACCCGACACUCAUCUCUCACACCCCGCACCCUACCAACCUGCACCACACGGCCCGCGAUGGCGUCACCGAGACCCAGGCCCAGAUGCACCCCCACCAUACUCAGUUUUGCCACAUGCAGAAUCCUCCUCCUUACCACCACCACCAUCACUACCACCCCCCAGCGCACAUUCAACACCCACCCCACCAGUACCACCCUCCGCCCGGCCCCUCGUCCUCUCACAGCCACUCGCACGGUCCCCAUGGCCAUGGGCCACACCCCUCCCACUCCCAGCAUGCACCUCACCACCACAACCAGCCUCCGGCCCCUCCUCCGACAGCCAGCAGCACCAAGCCAAAACACAGCGGCAUCAGCACUGUGGUUUGAGCCCCUCCGCGAACUCUUUCCACUUGGGAAUGGGACCGUUUUUGGUGGGGUGACCGUUGGGCCUCUCUUUAGAUUGUAACAUGCAACGGAUUGUUGCUGCCUACAAGGACACGAACAAAAGGGCACCAUGACUCACAUUUCAACUCAUCCAGCACCCGUCUCCUCUGGAAAGGGGAGCCACACUGUGUAGCACCGGUCUUCUCUUUUGGGGCGGCUAGAAUUCAAAUCAUCAGUUCUUACCAGUCAUUGCUCAAGCUGUAGAGCCCCAGAUAAAGCUGCUGCUGCUUCUUUUAGGCUCGAUUUUAGAGACUUUCAACCCUCUCGACUUUGGCGGUGAAGCAAGAGCAUGCGCAAAAGACCGGGGCAACUGUUUUCUUGUGCUUAAUUACCUAAAUGCAUUAUCAAAUAGCCUGCUUAUUAGUUUGCAGAAACUAAAGUACGGUUUGAGAGAAGUCGGUCACAACUAGCGGUGUUCCAGUAUUUAAUGUAGCUGUAGACCACACAUUUCUGUGAUAUAGUUAGGGGACUAUAAUGUGCCAAUUAUUAAAAAGCAGUGACUUGAGUUAUUCCAAAAAAGAGAAAAAGAAAAAAGAUGUGCUUUGUUUAUGUCGUGCAUAUAGUAUUUUGUAAAAUAAUAAUAAUAAUAUUAGCAGCUAUUAUUAUUAUUAUUGUUAUAGGACAAAAAUUAUCCGAAGCCUCAGAUAAAAUCUCAGUAUUCUCUGUGUACUCUCGAAGUUACUAGUUUUCACUGAUACUGAACUCAGUAGGUGGCCAGUUGAACAACAUGGAAAUUAUUGGUUGCCUUGGAGUUGGAAGACUCUCCCGGAAUCUCCGGCUUGUGUUCGCUCCACCUCCUUCGGGAUCUACGUAGCACAAACCAAUCACAGGGACUGUGGGAAGGGUGAGGGCGGAACAGGGAAGCUCUUGGAUGGAUCCUCCACGGCCUCGACUCGUCGGUUCCGGCCACUGCUGCAACAUGGUUUUAUUUUUUUAACUAUUUUUUUAGAAAUGAAUAAAUCAAUAUGAAAUAAAUGUACAUUUGAAGAUGUUUAUGGUAAAGCCGAUGUGAUGGAGAAGGCUAUUUUGUCGUCUAACAUUAGGGGUAGUGUUUGGGUCGGAGGAAAGCCAGAGCUGAUGGAAUUCUCUCCCCAUAUUUCAAGAGUGAGUUUGUGCAGAGAUGUUGAUUUUUCUCAGCAGGCUGAGCGUGUGCCCUCUUCUGUGUGGAAAUGAAGUAGAUUUGAUACAUAUUCUUCUGUCCUCCUGUGAGAAUGCCUUUCACCUGCUCAGAAAUACAGCUAAUGUAAUGUAAUCUGAUGUAAUGUAAACUGCAUAUAAUAUGUAGCAGUGGGUCGGUUGGAUGAACGGAUUUGGACAUGCUUUUUCACACAUAUCCCCUUUCUCGGUUAAAUUUUUGACUUGUUUUAUACUGUAAGUAGAUAAAUGGUGACGGAGCUGUGAUUCGAUGUAAUAGUUUUGUGUGUUGACACUCUUUUAACUCAAGUACAGAGCUUCUGAACAGCACUUGUCAUUGUAAAUAAUCACUUAAUGUACAGAAACCACGGCUGAAAUGAGCUCGCUCUCUUAUACGAGACCAGUGUCAGCACAUUUGCUGUGCGUUGUUUCUCUUUUUUCUGACUUUCUUUCUUUUUUUAAUUAAUUAAUCAUGUGCAAUAUGUAUGUUUCAGUUUUGUAAAUUCAACCAGUUGGUUGAUUUUGUUUGUCGUUUCUGUUAGCAUAUUUCCAAUAUCAUGCAUCAAACCCCAUAUUGUUUCUCGCCCCCCACCGACAUCUUGUUCUCCCUGGUCUCUGUUUUACCUGCAACCUACAGUCAGGAAUGUCAACUAAAGUACUCUUGCAUGUAUAUUGUACAAAAUAUUCUCUAGAUAUUGCAUAUUUCCAGAGAUAUUAUCAGUGUUACAGUUGACCGUUGUUAAAUGAGUUAUGAUGAUGAUGAGCAUAUUAAAAUCUGUAGACUUCUCUUCAUUCGAAAUGUCUUUAGCCUGUUUCGUACCGAAAUAGAUUCAAUUAGGAGACAUCUGUUUAUUGUUUAUCUGGGCUUGAAAAAUCAAACACUGAACGUCAACUAGUUUAUAAAGGAAAAUAUUAGCCGGUAGCCUAAUCGUAAUGAAGUGCCGCCGGGGCACAUCCGUAUUAUAAUAAUAAUAAUAGAAGCUUACAGAUAAUAGAGCAUAAAUCCGUGUUUAUGUCAUUAUCAGACUUCAUAACACCUGGCUUGUUCCCAAGAUGCACUGAGGCCAGUCAUUUGUACAGUACAGCAUUAAUCAGACUAGGACAGCCCAUCUCUGUGUACAAAUGCGAUCACCCGAAGCCAUUUCUGACUAAACAGCCCACCAUAAAUUCAAACAACUGUCAAGAAAAUGUCUCUUUCUAUGUUUUUUUUUUAGGUUUUUCACCUUUGUGUUGAAUGUUUUUUAUGGAUUUCACUGCAGUGUAUUGUAAAUGUAUUGUGGUGCUUCAGCUUUGUACUGUACAGUACAGGACGGUCAAGUCAAAACGUCACAAAGCUUUGCAUGCAGCUGAUGCCUAGCACCUCUGGUUGAAAUGUGAGCUUAUUUAAAAAUGAAGAAAUGUGCUUUCUUUUUACUAUGUUUUUCCUCAUCUUUUGUUUGUUCGAUUGUUUUGUUUUUUUAAGUGGUGUUGGCUUGCUGUUACAUUUUAUACUGUGCCACUGCAUUUCGGCAUGUAUAUCACUUGUUUACCCCCUAAAAAGAUCAUUACACUUCAGUUUUUUUCUGUAAAAAGCCUGUGCCGCUGUACAUAUCACAAACCAAUGUGAGAAAAUAGAAAAAAAGCAUAUCAUAUAUAAAUCUAAUAUGUAUGAUAAAGGGAAAGUGUAAGGGUAGGGGGUUGGGUUGACGUGUACAUAGUUUGUAUAAUACUUUUUUGUUUUUCGCUCAGCCAUCGCAUUGAUGGUGUAGUCCUUUUUCACCUUAAAGAGACUCAUAUUAACAUGACACUGCUUCUGCUACCAAAUGUACUUCUCAAAUUUGUCAUAGGAUCUUCUUUAAUAAGCCGACUGUUACAUAACUCUCGUCGCCUUUCAUUUAACUCAUACAUUUCAUUUUUUUAAUUACCAAACAAGGAGAGGAUGGUUUUAAUAUGCAUUCUGUUUCUAAGUAGAUGAUGAGACCCUAUUGAUGUUUAACUAUAACUGUGACCAUGUUGAGAACAUGAAAUAAAACAAUAUACCGUAAAAUU